AUGGCUGGCCCUGGCGGUGGUCCCCCUCGUCGCAGUCACACCAAGUCCCGCAAGGGCUGUGAGAGCUGCAAACGCCGUCACAUCCGUUGUGACGAAAACUUUCCUCAAUGCCGCAACUGCACCAAGCACAAGGUCCGCUGCCCGUACGACGAUGUGCCUGUCCCCGAUGAGCGUUCUGCAACGCCUGAUAAGCCCGACUUGAUGUGGAACCCUCGCAUCGAGGCUUCAAUCCAGCAGUGGCAGCAGACGGGAUUCUUCCCCUUCCCUGCUCUUGGCAUCGUCCCUGCCCCUGACCCUCAAGCAUACACCCUCGAGGAGCUGCGCCUCAUCUAUCAUGUCUCUGCCAUCUGCGAUGAAAUGUCCGCCAUGGAUGCCAACGGCUUCACGCUUUGGACUCGCCAGAUCCCCACGGUCCUCCGCGUCGGUGCCACCAAUGGCUAUGUCAUGCAUGCCUUGAUCGCUUUUGCUGCUACGCACAUUGCCUUCCUGACUGAUUGUCCUUUGGUUGGUAACAUGGCUUACGAGCACCGAGGUAUCGCAUUCAACGGUCUCCAGGAAGCCAUCGGUAACUUCUCCCCCAGCAACUCUGAUGCUGUGCUUGCCGCUUCUCUCGUCCUUUCGUGGCAGGCAACGGAUUGGAGAAGCUGGACGCAGCUCAUGCAGGGCACUUCCUCCGUCAUUGAUGCGAUGGAAGGCUGGAAGCACGAAUCUCAGUUUGGUGACUUCAUGGCUGAAAGCAGCACCUUCCCGACUGCUCCUCCUUCUCCUCGGCCGGACCACAAGCCAAGCCAGCCCCGCAAGGAAGACCUCGAUGCCUUCCAGCGCACCAUUACGCAGCUUUCCAAGGUCGAAGCCCACCUCAAGCAGAACAAGGAGGACACGAAGCUCAUCCAACAGCUGGCUUCGUUCCUGAAGGGUGCUCGCAAGGUGAGCCCGAUCCAGUCGAUCAGCGACCAAUUCGACCGUCUUCAGCCUCUGCGCACCUGGCUCUUUUGGCUUCCAGUCAUGUGCCUCAAGCAGAACGGUACCUCGCCUAGCGCGCUCGUUAUCCUGGCGCACUACUACACGGCCGCGAUGCUCAUGGAGCGCCUGUUCCCAGAGAUUGGUGCUGCGUACUUUGGCAGCCUCUCAAUCGGCCCCGUAGAGGAGAUCGCUCGCCGCCUGCUCUCCAUCAAUGUGUCCGGAACCAUGGAAGGUGAUGCGCAGACUCCCCUCUCCCUCAUGGAGUUUCCUAUCGACACCGUCAGCGAGUUUCGUGCUCGCAUGGGCUGGCUCCAGCCAGCGCGGACGCAGUCAUUCCCCCAGUUCGACCCGCCAAACUUCUACAUGGGUGAGGCAUACCAGGAAACGCCGCCGCCCUGCACCACUUCGUACAUGCCAUAUGGAGACCACCCUGCGUUCAGCUGGAGCACCGAGGACCUCUCUAGCCUGGCACCGGAGCCGGAACAUGGUAGCGCCGUCAGCCCGCUCUCGCUCUCGUCGCCGUAUCCUAGCCAGCAGUACCUCAGCAUUCCGUCCCCCGCCUAUGGUGGCUACAGUCCUGCCUCGUCCACAUGCGGUGAAGGCUCUGUAACCUACAGCGACCACGAGGACUUUGCUCUCUUUGACUCUGGCGUCGGAUCUUACGCGCAGUACGGCUCUGCUGAAGCGAGCAACUACGGGAUCGGGUUCGUUACUCCUAUUCAGACUGUGUGGACAUAG